AUGGAGAGUAAGCUCUACAAUAUGACGACUGCUGCUAGACCAACAUUUGAUCCUGCUCGAGGUGGUCAAGGACGUGGUGAAAAAGAUUUAAGUGCAAUAUCACGUCAAUAUUCUAGUCGUGAUCUCCCAGGACAUACUAAAUUAAAAUAUAGGGAACAAGGCCAAGGCACUACUGAAGAACUCCGUUCACGGGACUUCCGUAAAGAAUUAGAUGAGAGGGAAAAAGAAAGCAAAGCACCUACAGCUAGAAGACAAAAUGAGCCUCCUGUAAAAAGGUUGAAGAUAGAUCAAGUUCCAGCAGCAAGUUUAGAUGCAGAUGAUCCAUUAGAAGGUGAUUCUACAGAUUCUGAUGACUCUGAUGAUGACACUGCAGCUUUGUUAGCAGAGUUGAAUAAAAUAAAGAAAGAACGGGCCAUUGAGCAGGCAAAAAAGGAGGCUGAAAAGAAACAAGAAGAAGAGAGAAUUCGAAUGGAAAACAUACUUUCAGGCAAUCCGUUAUUAAACUACUCGGCGGCAGGACAGAAAAAUGAUUUAAAGGUUAAAAGGCGAUGGGAUGAUGACGUCGUGUUUAAAAACUGUGCCCGUUCCGAGCCAGAGAAAAAAUUAAAUACAUUCAUAAAUGAUUCCUUAAGGUCAGAGUUUCACAAAAAGUUCAUGGAAAAGUAUGUAAAGUAG